AUCCUUUGUUCCUUCUAAAUUUGCCCUCCCCUAGUAGGGUAUGAACCAUCCCAUCUCAAAUCUGAUUUUCUAACCCAAAAAAAAAAAAAAAACCUUCUUCUUCCUUCCUUCCUUCCCGCAGCCCACUCUCUCUCUUUAAUUAAUUACACCCAUCUUCAUCCCCCACCCUCCACCACUUCUCUCUCUUAUUUACUAUACCACUCCCUUCCCUUCACUGCAUCUUAAAUAGAACUAACCCCAUCUUCCCCUUCCCCAAUAUCACCCUGAUAUCCACAGUAUGUGUGUCUUUCAACGGUGAAUACAAGGAUUGAUUUUUCUCUGGUUUCAUGUGGGUUUAGCAAAGGGCUUCUUACAGAGUUUAUUGGCAUUCUGUCCACCUCCCAAAAUUUCAAUUCUUUUUCUUGCGGGCCUUAUUUUCAUGGAGGUGGGCAUACUGCCAACAGAGCUCUGUUAGUGUCUCUUUGUAAAACCCACUUGAUGCAUCUCCCUCUCCACCUUUCUUGUCCCCCUCACUCCUUUUUUCAGUUUUUGUGAUGACAAAUAUUUUCCAAGCUGAAAUGGAUCAGUUCUUGAACACUGCUGAAAGAGCGGCCAUCCCCAAGAAGCCAAGGAAGAAGUCAAAGACUUCAACCAAGCAAGUGGAUGAGGGGAGGGUAAGGAAGGAGGUAGUGCCCACGAUCUCAGCUGAGGUGGAGGAGGAAGUGCCACAGUUAAAGAGAAAGGGGUGGGAGGAGAGGAGGGCACUGCAGAAGAAGCAGAGGGUGGUGGAGGAGGAGACAGGGAAUGAGGUCCCUGUGUUCGUACCUCAGCCUUCUCCUGUUGAGCUGGACCCUGAGCUCAGACAGUUGGAGGAGGGGGCUGAGGUACGAGCUCCUGGUAAGGGAAAGGGCCUUAUUCCCCCACUGGGGCCUCAGAGCAGCCUGUUCGAGGCGAAGAACAUAACGGGGGCUAGGUGGAUCAUCAACAACACCUUCCCCGAAGUGGACCAAUGCAACGCGCGGCAGGAAGCUCUGAGGUAUGGUGGAGCGUCCGCGGUGAAGCACGUUCUAGAGAGCGUGAGCUGGGUGAAUGGUCUAGCCCAGGAAUUCAAGGAGAGCCUGAAGGAUCGCGCACUCUUGCAGAGGCAGUGGGACCAGUUGCAGAAGGAGAAGGAGGAGUUGGAGAAGAAAAAUAAGGAACUGCAAGUGUCUCUGAACGAUGUGGUUCCAACUGUUUCACAGUUGGAGCAGGAGAGGGCUUCCCUGAGCACCAAGCUCGCUUUUGAAGAGAGCAAACGAAGGAUCGCUGAAAGCAAGCGUGAGGCUCAGGCGCAAGAAAUGAAGCUGAUGACAGAGGCAUUCAAGGAGCUGAAGGGGAACAUGCGGAAGUUGGUGCAUAAUGGGAUAAAGGAGCACAUCAACAACUUCAUCAGUUCCAGCUCGUUUGAUAGCAUCGUCAACUUGUACUGGCUGCCCACUGCCAUCAUUGCUUUCACAGACUGCAGAAAGAAGGUGAAGGCUGAAUAUCCCAAAGUGGAUGUGACAAAGAUCACCUUCGGCGAGCAAGAAGGAGGAGUGGAGGAGGAUGGCGAGAGCAUGUCAGCAGACUUCCGUCCUCAGAUUAAGCUGAGGUGGGAGGAUGAUGCAGACGGUCUUACUAUUUUUCCUCCACAGUUCGACUUCGAGUUCGUUGCAAUGAAGGAAGAAGGGGCAGAGGUAGAGGAGGACGAGAUGGAGGCAGGAGUGGAGGGAAUUGAAGUGGGUGAGAUCCAACCAGUUCCAGAAGUGGAGAUUCAUCUAGUUCCUUCUGACGAUGAGCAGCCUCCUCUACCGGACGAGCAACAGCCAACUCAGCCAACUCAGCCACCUCCUCCAGCUGAGUAGGAGCCAGUGGAGCCACCUCUCCCAUCAGAGAAAUAAUUUUGUUUUUUGAUUUUUUGUAAAGACAGUUAAACAGUUUGUAAUAUUUAUGUUAUUCUGAAUGAAAAUUCAUUUUUGAAAUUAUGUGUUUAUUUGUGUUUGCCUGUUUAUUAUUAUAUAUUGAUAGAAGAACUGAGGCUACCUUUAAAAAGGAUAGUUAAUAAAAAGAAGUUAAUCAC